GUUUAAUGCACAUGUCUGAUAGUUGCAAAAUAUAAUUAAAAGUUCAUAAAUAUGAUCUACAGCAAUUCAUAAAUAUGAUUAAAUUAUGAGGGUGUGACUAAAGAAAUAUGGGGUUUGAAUCAAGUUCCGAUAUAUCAUCGGACGAAAACUUUUUGAACCAAGUCAAAAAUGCCAUCCCUAAAGUGAAUGUAGCAAGAAAACUCCAUAAAUGCGAUUUUCCGAAUUGCAAUAAAGAAUUUUCACGUCCUAGCAAAUUAAAAAGGCACCAAAGCAUUCACACCCAAGAGAAAUUAUUUACUUGUUCUUACCCCAAUUGCAAUAAAAAAUAUAGUUAUUCAUGGCAUUUGAAGCGACAUGUAAAUAAUGUACAUGAGAAAAUAUUUUAUAAACCAAAAUACAAAUGCGUAUAUGAAGGAUGUACUAAAGAGUUGAACUCUGAUUUUUCUUUACGAAGGCACAUAAAAUAUUUUCAUUCAGAAAAUUCACCCUCCUUACAAAAAUAUUCUUGUGAUCAUUGUUCACAAAGUUUUAAAAAAAAGAAUCAACUAGCUGCACAUGCAUUUUCCCAUACAAGUGAUCAAAAAAUUUGUUGCAAAGAUUGUGACAUAGUUUAUGAAAAUAUAGCAGAUUAUAAAAAACAUAUAUCAAGACAUAAAACUUUCACUUGUGAUUGCGGCGAGGUAUUCCAUCGCUGGACUAAAUUCAUGAGUCAUAAAAGAACACAACAUAUCAGCACAUAUAAUUGUGAUAUUUGUUCAAAGAUCUUCAGAACUAAAGUGAAUUUGAAACAACAUAAAUUGAUUCAUACAGAUACUAGAAAAGUUUAUGAAUGUACAUAUGAUGGGUGCCCUAAGUAUUACUACUACCCUCAAAACCUCUCCCAUCACAUAAAAUCAUAUCAUGAUGCCGAAAGAUUUGUAUGUACAUUUAAGGAUUGUGGCAGACGAUUUGUAAGUAAUCGAAGAUUAAAAAUUCAUAUGGAAACACAUGAACCUGGUUGGAAACCUAAAAAGACACAGAAAAAGAAAAAGCAAAAGCCACGUAAAGAUAUUGGAAUACCUAAAAAAGAAAUGGCUGCACAUUUGGCUGGAUAUUUAUAUGGCACAGAUAUUGUAAAAGAUGAAAAUAUUGAACCACCAACUGAUGAGGAUGACCUCAUUAGUAAUGCAACUUUACAAAUUGAUGGCUGUUCUGGGGUUCUGAAUAUUGUUGCAAGUAAUACACCUUUAAUAAAUACUGUUGCUUGUUAA